AUGCUUGCUCGCACGGCCCAGCCUGCCCGGACUCUGCUUCGCAGCGCCUCCGUGGCUCCCUCCUUCGCUCGCUCCAUCCCCGCGAGAACUUUCGCGACCGUUCAGUCGGACAUCUUCAAGCCCACCAAGUAUGGCGGCAAGUACACGGUCACUCUGAUUCCCGGUGAUGGUAUCGGUGCUGAGGUCGCCGAGUCGGUCAAGACCAUUUUCAAGGCCGAUAACGUUCCCAUUGAGUGGGAGCAGGUUGAUGUGAGCGGUGUUGACACUGGCAACAAGCACUCCGAGGAGCUCUUCCGCGAGUCGCUCGCUUCCCUCAAGCGCAACAAGCUCGGUCUGAAGGGUAUCCUCCACACCCCCAUUGAGCGCUCCGGCCACCAGUCCUUCAACGUCGCUCUCCGCCAGGAGCUGGACAUCUACGCCUCCAUUUCCUUGAUCAAGAACAUCCCCGGCUACGAGACCCGCCACAAGAAUGUCGACCUGUGCAUCAUCCGUGAGAACACCGAGGGUGAGUACUCUGGUCUCGAGCACCAGUCCGUCCAGGGUGUCGUCGAGUCCCUCAAGAUCAUCACCCGUGCCAAGUCCGAGCGCAUCGCCAAGUUCGCCUUCAGCUUCGCUCUCGCCAACAACCGCAAGAAGAUCACCUGUAUCCACAAGGCCAACAUCAUGAAGCUCGCCGACGGUCUCUUCCGCAGCACCUUCCACAAGGUUGCCGAGGACUACCCUACUCUUGAGGUCAACGACAUGAUUGUCGACAACGCCUCCAUGCAGGCUGUCUCCCGUCCCCAGCAGUUCGACGUCAUGGUCAUGCCCAACCUGUACGGUGGUAUCCUGUCCAACAUCGCCGCCGCUCUCGUCGGUGGCCCCGGUGUCGUUCCCGGCUGCAACAUGGGCCGCGAUGUUGCCGUCUUCGAGCCCGGCUGCCGUCACGUCGGUCUCGACAUCAAGGGCAAGGACCAGGCCAACCCCAGUGCUCUGAUCCUCUCUGGCUCCAUGCUCCUCCGCCACCUCGGUCUCGAUGACCACGCCAACCGCAUCUCCAAGGCUGUCUACGACGUUAUUGGCGAGGGCAAGACUCGCACUCGCGACAUGGGUGGUCAGGCUACCACCCACGAGUUCACUCGUGCCGUUCUGGACAAGAUGGAGUCUUCUCUGUAA